AUGGAGUUGAUUCGGUUCGAGCUUCGACGAGGUUCUGGAGAACCGCAACAGAUGCGCCUCUCCGUAGCCUCGGCGCAGGUGGACUGCCAAUUGCCAGAGCGUGCGGAUGGCCGAGAUGUUCGCCGUGACAGUAGCCUUGGCACCUUGCGAAGUUCGCCUCCUGCAGUGAUUUUUGCCGCUCGUGGCGAGGAAGGCAUCGUGGUGCAGAGUUUCGUCGUUUUGUGGGUCAGCAUCGCCACGCAGUUGCGAAAGCUUGCGCAGCCCAGGUUUGGAGACAGUGACCGCGAAUUCUGGACAUCAUGUCCGAAGUGGCAGCAGCACGUGGAGCUGUCAAAGGUUUGCUCCAACGUGCCGGCAAACGACAGCUGCGCUUGCAUCAAGGCAGGUUGCGUUGCUCAAGAAAUCACGGCUGGAUUGACGGCAUGCUUCGCCAGCUAUCAACCUGCAGCCGGCAACCAGCUUUUCCCCAGCGACGUCAACUGUGGGCAGGCGGAAAGUGAAGAACUGGGAACAAUCAUUGCUGCCGCAACCACGGCUAUUUGA